GCAUGCGUGCUACAGCCUUUUGUUUUUGCUUAAGUAAUCCCAACUGCAUGACAUCAGGGAAAUUCUGAUCAUUUUUUCACCAAAUACUUCCUUGACCUAACUGUAACCAAUAGGAACUUGCCUGGCUACAGUGAGUUGGUAUUCUAGUGAGCUAGUCAUGCCAUUGUACCAUCAUUCUGCUCUUAUGCACACGGCAUGAGAAGAUAUGACUGGUGGACAUGGGGAAUUCUUCCUGUAAACGCUGCUGCCGGUGUUGCCAAACCAAGAAAGAACAGCCGUCCAUCAACCGUGACAGGGUCUUCAAGUCAAUCCACGACUAUCCCUCACGCACAAUAUAUGAUCUAAAUCUGAAGAAAGGAGAUGUUCUGGAAGUGAUAUCAGAGUCUGAUUACUGGUUGUACGUGAGGAGACAAACAGCUAAGGCUGACGGAUCUAAAGUGCCUCAACGUGGAUAUGUGCCUAAAGACUUCGUCAAGCCGCUGGGUAGCGUAGAGGCCGAGUUGUGGUAUUUUGAGAAUGUUAAAAUGCGUAUAGAGGCCAGGAGAUGUCUGCUGAGACCCCAGAAUUAUGAGGGUGCAUUUCUCAUCUGGAAGAGUUAUGAGAAUAACAAUUACUACUUAUCAGUGAGGAAUGGACCUCAUGUACGACAUUACCGGAUCAAGCAGAGGGAAAACGAAAAGCAGUUUUUCCUUGUUCAUCAUACAACUUUCCAGACCUUGCGUGAGUUGGUGGAGUUUUACUCUAAAAAUGAAGGCGGACUCUGCGCAAAGCUUCAUGAACCCUGUGUGAAGCUGGACCAGCCAGCUCCUCUUACUCUGUCAUUUGACUCCAAAUGGGAGGUAGAGAGAAGUUCACUAAACAGAAUAAAGAAGCUCGGCAGUGGGCAGUUUGCCGAUGUGUGGCAGGGGCUCUGGAACGAGACAACAGAUGUGGCCAUCAAAGAGUUCAAAGUUGUCAAUUAUCCAUAUAUCAAAACAGAGAUUGACAUCAUGAAGGAGCUGCAUCAUGAGCGUUUGCUGAGGCUCUAUGCUGUGUGUACCACUAGUAAACCUGUCUGUUUAGUGACAGAGCUCAUGAAAAAUGGCUCUUUAAAGACAUUUCUCAUCAGCCACAAAGAGAAACAAGAUCUUGAGUUUUCGCUCAUGAUGGAUUUUGCUGUCCAGAUUACAGAAGGAAUGGCUUACAUUGAGAACCAAAUAGUUCACAGGGAUCUGAGAGCUGAGAACAUUCUGCUUACCGACAUGCAAUGCUGCAAAAUAGCCGAUUUUGGACUCGCACAAAUUAAUCUACCAGGAAACAGGAUGUCAUCAGAUGUUAGGGUCCCUGUAAAAUGGAUGGCCCCUGAGAUUUUCGAUAACCAGGAGUACACAAGCAAAAGUGACGUCUGGUCUUUCGGCAUCCUUUUAACCGAAAUUGUCACGUAUGGAGAUGACCCGUACCCUGGUCAAGACAAAAUGACAUGCGUUCGAGCCAUUCAGAGAGGAGAGCGUAUGCAGCGACCGCCUGACUGCCCCGAAGCGCUCUACGACAUCAUGCUGCUGUGCUGGAGGCAAAACCCUGAAGAGAGGCCAACAUUUACUGAGCUGCAGGAGAAGCUGAUGGCUCUCAUACACGAGCCUGUUACUGAACUGGAGUAGACUCUGUAGGUCCGAGAGAGUUGAGAAUCUUUUGAGCAUGUAGUAUACAGUAUGUAACCAACACGAGGAAAUCGCACAAUUUCUUUUUACUGAAAUGCAUUAUAAAGCAUUACAAUCAAAAUUUAAAUCAACACAAAGACAGUACAAGAAGUCUUGUAUUGAUUUGUAAAUACUCAAAUUAUAUA